AUUCUAGCAGACUCUCGCUUUCGCACGGCAUUAUCUUGGCUUGAGGCGGGAAGGGCCAGAAGCGAAACUUUAGACACCUGGGAAGACGGAACAUGCGAGUGGGUCUUCCAUCAUGAGGCAUGGAAAGCAUGGGCUGGUGCUGGUUUCGUGCCAAUUCUUUGGAUUUAUGGGAUCCCCGGUCGAGGCAAAACAAUUCUUGCCAAAUACGUUUCACAGCAUCUUUCGACUCCUGUUGUUUUCACGCACUUCUUUCGGAAAACGAGUGGAAGUGUGUCAACGAGGGCAUCUGCAGUGUGCAUUUCAAUCCUGUCUCAGGCACUGAGGCAGCACACCAGUAAACUAAACUCAAAGCUCGACCUCAUCAUAAAGCGGCAUCUCGUUCCAUUGUACAACAAGUUUAGCAGCUGUGAGGAGUGCCCAUUUGAUCGACUUUGGUCCGUGGUUGAAGCCGUAUUCGAGAUCUUGCCAGAAUUCACCAUCAUUGUGGACGGCAUUGACGAAUGCUCCGAUGGCGAAGGUCUCCUCCAACUAGUGGGGCAUUUAGAAAGCCUUAGCCAGUGUUUCAAUGGGCGAGGUAUCCUCUUAUCGCGGCAUAAUUCGACUUACGCAUCGUUUCUCACUAAAUCAAUAUCCCUAGAAAUGGACAGGGCGGCCGUUGAAGCUGACAUUCGACUAUUCGUCGAACGGGAGGUUAAUAGAGACGAGUCUCUUGAAUAUUUGAGAACUGCCAUAGUGGACAAGAUUGCGACUACUGCUCAAGGCAUGUUUUUAUGGGCCAAAAUGAUGCUCGAAUAUCUGAAAGCAGCUGUGACCCCAAGAAUGCAGCUGGAUCGGCUAGAACGCUUUCCUCCCGGUCUCGGCGCUGUAUAUGAUACGUUCCUCACCGAAACUGGGUCUACGCUGAGUAAGGAAGAGCUAAGCAUACGGAGAAGGCUGUUUCUCCUCACGCUUGGCGCAGCAAGAGCAUUAAGCGUGGAAGAGAUGACGAUUGCCUUGACGCUGAGGUCCUCACGGCCACCGGACCUCAAAGACCGGCUGAUCAAACCACUUGCAACCAUACGACGGCUAGGCUGGCCACUUAUAGAUUGCAACCAGGGCAGCAUUCGAUUCAUCCAUGCAUCAGUGCAAGAAUUCAUCACUUCGCACGCUUCCGGCCUUGUGGCCAUUGACUUGACAAAUUCUAUUCGGAUUGGCAAGCUCGAAAGUGAAUUAGCUAUGGCACAACUAUGUCUCAACCAGUUAGCCCAACGCAUAAACUCGACAAGAGAAAGAAUUGACCCUUACCUUCGUCACAACAUGUUAUCCGAUACAAUCGCUUCUGACCCCUCUACUGGGAAUCAAGUCGUUCCUCGCGUGGAAGCCUUCUAUAACUAUGCUGCUUCAUUUUGGCAUCAACACAUUAUAGAAUUGGGGAUUACUAUAACACCCGAGUUUGCUCAUCAAGUCGGUCUCUUUAUGAGAUCCCCGGCACUCAUUUUGUGGGCCGAAUUUCUAUACUAUACCAAAGGGAUAUUCGAUCUUGGUCCAGUCGUGUCUAUCCGCGCAGAGAUCCAGAGCUGGCAUGCCCUUCUCCCGUUGCAUAUUCGAUCGCGUAUUGCUAUCAAAUCUUUUCUGAUAGAAUCAUAUGAGGCAGCACUUGGUCUCGAAAACUUCAACUGUGGGGAUCCUUUGGUUCCAAUGCUUCUCUUAUACCGGGUGGGAUUCUUAUUGAACCUGACAGGCGAGGAAAUGGCAAGGCUACACGGAAUCAGGAAGGAGGUUGCCGAGAAGGUAAAAUGUCUCUUGGGGCCACAACAUACCUUCUCCUUGCGAUGCGCUGUCGAGUUCUGCGUCGAAGAAAUCAACAGCUUACAAUUUGAUCGCGCAGCCCAAGUUCUACAGUCAUGGAGGCUGGACGGCCUCAACCCUUCGCCCGGUACUUACCAUAGCUUCUACGUGGAAUCAAACUACGCGAUAGCUAAAUAUCAUAUGCUAGAGUUGGCGGAGUCGAUUGAGUUGCAGACGCGCGCAGCUGCUGGGCUACGAGCUACAUUAGGGCCCAUGAACCAGGAGACCCUAAAGAGUCAACUCUUUAUAGCAUAUGCCCUACAGGCUCAAGGACAGUGCUUGGAGGCCCUUAAGAUCUAUGAAUAUAUCACCAAAUCCUGGAGCGCGCUCACAUCAAUUGAUAACGUGCUUACCAUGAUGUCUCAAAUGGCUGCUUCGAUGGCACUGUUCAAACUUGGGCACACGGAAGAGGCGCUCCGUCUCGCCACUGAGGUGCUGGCAAACCGCCAACGGGUGCUGGGAAUGAACAACACCGUCGCCAUGGAUUCUGCUCUGGCAUUGGUGCUGGUUUAUCGGCAGAAGGGCGAGCUGGAAAGCGCGGAGGCCUUCUUGGAGCUGGCAAUAACGAUUGGGGCGGGCCACUGCGCUCAGGAGAGGCUCUGCCAGGUACAGCGGUUUCGGGCUAUGCUGCUGAGAGACAGAGGUGAAUUGGAAGCAGCAACGAAAAUCUUGACAGGUUUGCUCAGCGAAGCGCGAGGAACUGGUGGCAUGGUUACAAGUACCUCAAGCAGCGGUGGUUCUAGGCUUGAAGAAGUCGUAGAUGGUAGAGAUCUUCUUUGGGCGAGGUAUGACCUCUUCAGUCUCUUAAAGAGGGAUUCUAGUGAGUCUGUGGCUCUGGAAGUCUUCGAGGGAUUAGUAGUGCCAGACUCCGACACUGUUAGGGGGAGCGAACCUCGACCACGUUGUCAGAGGGUGAAGGAACUUUCGGCGGCGAAAGAUGCAACACGGAUACUUCUCAAAGAACGAAAUGUAAAAAAAGCAAAGGAACAGCUUAAGAAAGAGGGACUUCGUUGGGCUCUGGACUCACGGUACUGGCUUCUUGUUGGGGGGCCUUAUAUAGAACAG